AUGAUGAUGUAUACGGGUACAAGUACGGAGCAGGACACUCGCUUCAGUGACAAGGAGAAGAAGUUAAUGAAACAAAUGAAGUUUGGAGAUUGUUUGACGCAACAGGUGGACAUGUCCAAGGUGAAGUUGGAUGUGCUGAAGCCAUGGAUCACCCAGAAAAUUACCGAAAUCCUGAAGAUGGAAGACGAUGUGGUGAUUGAUUAUGUCAACAACCAACUUGAGGAAAAGUUCCCUUGUCCAAAGAAAAUGCAGAUCAACUUGACUGGAUUUCUAAAUGGGAAGAAUGCGAGGCUGUUCAUGGGUGAACUGUGGGAGCUGCUCCUGAGCGCGCAGGCCAGCGAGAACGGCAUUCCCGAAUCCUUCACACAGCAGAAGAAAGAAGAAAUCAAGAAACGUAUGGAAGAGCAGCAAAAGGACAAGGACAAGGAUAAGGACCGCCGCAGGUCUCGCUCGCGCUCGCGGCGGCGCUCCCGGGACCGGCGGCGUUCGAGGUCUAGGUCCAGAGAUAGAUCUUCAGAUAGGAACCUACGUCGCAGCGGGGGCAGUCCGCGGCGCUCGCGUCGCCGGAGCCGCGACAAGGUGAGCCAGCCCAAGCCGCAUGUGGACGACAUCAAGUUACCUGAACCAAAGGAAAAUGGAAAAUCACCGGAGAAGAAGGAAGAAAUUGAAGUAAAGGAAGAUUUGAACCACAUUUCAAUUGAAUCAAUUAAAGAUGAUAACGAAGAUGUUCCUGUGGAAGAAGAGAAGAAUGAAGCAGAUCCAAAAUCUAGGUCUGCGUCACCCAACAAGUCUGUUGUGGAAAAAGAGGAAGAAAAGCCCGCCGAAAAAACACGCCAUUCAUCCAGUGAACGUCGGUCUACAUCUGCGUCUUCUCGUGGCAGUGCUAAGAAAAGGUCAUCGCAUAAAAAGCGUCAGUACCGUUCCAAUCGCGACUCUUCGACAAGUGUCAGCCCCAGACGCAGCUCGCGUAGAGAGAGGAGUAAAUCUCGCCGACGCAGCAGUCGGCGUCGGUCAGUGGAGCGCCGAGACCGCGAUCGUGACCGGGAGCGAGAGCGCGAGCGAGAGAGAGAGAGGGAGAGAGAGCGCCGCCGUAGAGAGAGGGAGAGGCGCGAGAGGUCACGAGAACGUCGCCGAUCGCUUGAAAGACGUAGUAGACGCACGCGUUCACGCUCUCGACGACGUUCAAAAGACAGGUCUCGUGACCGGCGCCGGUCGCGGUCGCGCAGGCGGUCGCGCUCGCACCGGCGCUCCGGCCGGCGCUCCCGCGACCGCCGCUCCAGGGACCGCAGGUCUAGGGAUCGCCGGUCUAGAGAGAGGUCCAGGGACAAGAGAUCGAGGGACAGGUCAGGAAAGGACAGAAGGUCAAGGGAGAGGAAAUCACGUGAAAGAAGAUCGAGUGAUUUAAUUAAAGAACGCUUGGAAAAAUCGGUCUCAAUACCGCGUAAAGAAAACGUAGACAAAUUACGUAAGAAGUCACCUGAACGAGUGUCCCUUCCGCGGGAGCGAUCUAAGGAGCGCGUGUCGAGUACAAGCAGAGAAUCUUCUGUUGUUAAUGAAAACAGAGAUAAAUCAGUUUCGCAAAACGAUAGCCAGACCAAGCCUGUUCAAUCAUCUGAUGAUGAGGAAAGGGACGAUUUCAUUGCAGUACCAGUUUUACGAGAAUAUUCUAAGAGUCUGUCUCGCACACCGUCGCCAUUCUUAAGAAAACAUGAAAUGGAAACCAAUAAAAAGUCAGACAGGUCUGGCGACGAUGCUUCAGGGAAAGAUCAUAUUGACGAGGAUACUAGCAAAGUCCAAGAAGUUAAGAAGAAUAAGCGUAAAGGUAAACAAUCGGAAUCAGAAAGUGAGAGUAGCGAGGAAGUAUCUAAAUCUAAGAGUAAAUCUAAACUUAAGCGUAAAGAAAAACCCACCUCAAAGAGAUCGAAGAAACCCAAAAAAGAGAGUUCAUCUAGUGACAGUGAGUCGGAGGACUCAUCGUCAAGUGAUUCAGAAGAAGACAGGAAGAAGAAAAGCAAAAAGACCGCCAAAAAGAAGUUGGCUAAAAAAUCGCGAAAGAAGCGAACACGAUCUUCUAGUUCCGAAUCUAGUUCGGAAGAAGAGGUCAAACACAAGAGUUCCAAAAGUAAACAGAAGAACAUUCCAGAGGAAUCUGAUACUGACAAAAAAUCUAAGAAACGAGGGAAAGAUUCUAAUGUUGACCGCGCCAAGAUAGAGAAAAGUGAGAAACAGAUCAAGUCCAAGAAAGUUGACAAUUCGGAAGAUUCUCAUGAUGACAGUUCAGACAGUGACGUAAAAUCGACCAAAAAGAAGGCAAAACAUGAUUCAACCUCUUCAGAAAAAGAAAUGAGACGUAAAAAAGCAGAAUCUAUUAAGGAAAAAAUUGUAUCACCUGAAAUAACCAAGUCGAGAAAAGAGGAGAAACCAAAAGCUAAACAUGCAGAUGAUAUAAAGCCCAAAGCACGUGAAGAUAGCGAGAAGAAAGCUAAAAAGAGGGAAAAAGAAGAUUCAUCGUCUGACAGUGAUCAAGUGUCAAAGAAAAAACCCAGAAAGAAGGUAUCGGAGUCUGAGUCUGAUUCGGACAGUGAUGAGCCUAAAAAAUCUAAAAAGGCUAAAAAGCACAAAAAACACUCGAAAAAACAUAAGAAACACAAGAAGCAUAAGAAAGCGUCUAAGCGAAAAGAUGAUUCGUCUGAUAGCGACGACGCCGAGGAAGAGGAGGAAGAGGAUAGCAAGGUCAAUAAUGAGGACUUGGAAAAAAAACUUCGCGAGAGGGCUUUAAAGUCUAUGAAGAAACAGACUAGCGCGUCUGGCUCCGAU